CUCCUCUGCUAUCCAUCCCAGCCUCGUCGCCGCCUCUCCUCUCCUCGCCGGAAACACAAAGAAACGUUUCUUGUUUACAAACCAUGUCUACGCCUUCUCCGCCGACCAUCUCCGGCGCGACGGCGGCCGCGCCGUCGCAGCUGGCCAUCAGCAACGGGGUGCUCCUCGCGGCGGUCAUCUUCCUCUUCAUGGUCGUCGUCUUCGUCUUCCUGCUCUACCUCUACGCCAAGCGCUUCCUGGGCGUCAACCCCAUGCUGCACGGGCCCUCCACGCCCUCCUCCCGCUUCCUCUUCGUCGGCGACUCCCCGUUCCCGCGCCGCGGCCUCCCCGCCGCCGUCCUCCGCUCCCUCCCCGUCUCCGUCUACGCCGCCGCCGCGGGCAAGCACGCCGACGCGCUCGAGUGCGCCGUGUGCCUCUCCGAGGUGGCCGACGGCGAGAAGGUGCGGGACCUGCCCAAGUGCGCCCACCGCUUCCACGUCGAGUGCAUCGACAUGUGGUUCCACUCCCACGACACCUGCCCGCUCUGCCGCGCCCCCGUCGGCGCCGACGCCGACGGCCUCCCGCGCGUGCCCCGCGAGGACCCCGCCACCGUCGACUUCCCCGCCUUCCCGACCAACAUCCUCUUCUGGGGCACCCGCGACGACGACAGCGUCGCCAACACCGGCCUCGGGAUGCCCGCCGCCUCUUCCACCACAAGACCCUCGGCGGCGUCCGGGCGCAGGAACGAGAACCUGGUGAUCGACAUCCCACACCGUCAAAUGGCGGUCGGCGCCUCGUCGCCGCUGCCGGCGAGCAGGAUGCCGGGCACCGCCGCCGACGACCUCAGGUCCCCCAUGUCCGCGCGCCUCCGCUCGCUGCGCCGGCUGCUCAGCAGGGGCAAGCAGGCCAUGGUGGGCACCUCCUCCUCCAGCCCGCGCGGCGGCGGCGACAUCGAGCAGGGCCUCGCCGGGCGCCCGCCCAAGACGCCAAAGACGCCUCCGUCGUCGAAUUGAUUCCGAGCUCCGUAGUAUAUGACCAACAGCUCUCAGACGCAUUGGCGCGGCUCGCCGAUCACCGGAGAGUCUAUACAUACAUACAUGUGUUCAUUCUUUCUUCUUCUCCUUCUUUUUUUCUUCUUUUCUCUUUUGAUGACAAUAGAAGUUUGGCCAGAAAUUCUGGUAUAAACCAAAGAUGCUGGCAUUGGUGUUAAUUGAUUCAUUGGAGGGUAAUUGAUGGACUUGUUCA